ACCCGGAAUCGAGUAACUUCCGAGCACUCGCAUUCCAAGCAGACUAGGAGCUGCGGGCAUGAAAUAAGCUACUGCGGGGGACUCGUGCUCGAGCGUCCGCGUGCACCGUCGACUUUUUCCCUCGUUCGUUUUCCGUUUUUGAGCGUUUGCAAGACAACUCCACCGCCUCGAAGAAGCACGGGCGGACGAGCCAGGGAAAGCAGAAGUCUCUCAACUCGCCUCGGGCGAUCGUUCUGCAGGCAUGUCGCAGAAAGAAAGACCCACUUUCUAUCGACAGGAGGUCAACAAGACGAUUUGGGAGGUCCCCGUGCAGUAUCAGAACUUGUCUCCCGUGGGCUCCGGUGCAUACGGAUCUGUUUGCUCUGCGUUUGAUGCAAAGACAGGAUUUAAAGUUGCUGUGAAGAAGCUCUCGAGGCCAUUUCAGUCCAUCAUCCAUGCCAAGCGGACCUACAGGGAGCUAAGGCUACUCAAGCACAUGAGACAUGAGAAUGUGAUCGGCUUGCUGGAUGUUUUUACACCUGCCACAAGUCUGAAGGAGUUUAAUGAUGUGUACCUGGUGACUCACCUUAUGGGCGCUGACCUGAAUAACAUCGUAAAGUGUCAGAAACUGACCGACGAUCACGUCCAGUUCCUCAUUUACCAGAUACUGAGAGGACUAAAGUACAUCCAUUCAGCUGACAUAAUUCACAGGGAUUUGAAACCCAGUAAUCUGGCAGUAAAUGAAGACUGUGAACUCAAGAUUCUUGACUUUGGCUUGGCUCGACACACAGAUGAUGAGAUGACUGGGUAUGUGGCCACAAGGUGGUAUCGUGCCCCUGAGAUCAUGCUCAACUGGAUGCACUACAACGUGACGGUGGACAUUUGGUCAGUGGGCUGCAUCAUGGCUGAGCUGCUGACGGGCAGGACUCUGUUCCCUGGCACCGAUCAUAUAAACCAGCUUCAGCAGAUAAUGCGACUUACAGGAACUCCUCCUUCCUCUCUAAUAAGCAGGAUGCCUAGCCAUGAGGCUCGUACUUACAUCAGCUCACUUCCUCAGAUGCCCAAGAGGAAUUUUGCAGAUGUGUUUAUCGGGGCAAAUCCACAAGCUGUGGACCUCCUGGAGAAAAUGCUGGUUUUGGACACUGAUAAGCGGAUUACAGCAGCAGAGGCUCUGGCACAUCCAUACUUUGCCCAAUAUCAUGACCCGGAUGAUGAACCCGAAGCAGAGCCUUUUGACCAGAGCUUUGAGAGCCGAGAGCUGGAUAUUGAAGAGUGGAAACGUCAGACAUACGAGGAGAUGAUCAGUUUUGAGCCUCCAGUCUUUGAUGUGGAUGAAAUGGAGUCUUGACCUUUUAUUCUGGAUGGCAGUCAAACCAACUGUACUACUUGUACAGAAAAGCUGUAAUUUGCAGUAUUGUAAUCAGCAAGCCAGUCAGCUGUUUGACUUAUUCUUUUCAUUUACAGUAUAUAUAUAUUUUUCCAAAUAUCGUCUUCUGGGCCAAACAGAAGGAAAAGAUGUCUUAGAAAAUAAUUAUUUUACUCUGUGAACCUCCAAAAAAUGAAAUUAUUUUUUAACAGUUUGCUUGGUCAGUUUCACAAUGUUCGUUUAUGACAUUCAUGCAAGGCCACAUGUAAUUGUAAUGUCUCCCUGAAUAUUCAUACUACUUGGUUGUUCACUCUUUGUACAAUGUAUCACACUUGCAGUAUAUUAUAUUUUAUUUUUAAAUGUUCAAAAAACAUUGUUCAUUUACUUUCUGUUAAAUAUAGAUAUAUUUUUUCCAAUCAAAUGAACAAUGUAUUUAACAAUUUUACAGCUUCUCAAUCAUUCUGAUGGAUGAAGAAUGUAAAUUGCUGCAUUGGUGAUAUGUUCAGGCUGUUUGUAAAUAUAUAUGCUCCAUUAGGCUGAUGGAAUCUUUACGCAUUUUAUUUUUGAUCUUUUUCCCCACAUAUAUUUUGUGUAUGUUUCUUAGGGAAUGAACAUGUGAUGCGUGCGUGCGUGCGUGCAUGUGUGUGUGUGUGUGUACCUGAGGUUGCUACUGUGAACUGUAUGCGAUCUGAAUGAAUGAUUCUGCCUCCAGUAGCUGUUUUUAAAAUACUAUUAAUUGAAUGUUCAAAUAUGAAAGUAGAGUAAGAUAUUUAUAUACAGUUGAGGUGGUAUUUAUGAACCUGAAAGGCUGCAUCUGUCCGCUUUAGCAUCUGAUAUAGAAAACAUGGACUCAAACACACCAUUGUUUACUGAAAAUAAAGGCCAAUAUUUUUCA